GUGUGUGGAGGAGGAAGAGAAGGGACGUCGGGCCAGGCAGCUCACAGAGCUCAACAUAAGAACGAGCAGCAUAACUGGUUUCGUGGUGGUGUUGGUUGGUUGGUAGCGAAUGCAGGGUACAAGCAAAAGGGCCAACCUCGUACCGGAGAGUGUGAGAGAGCGAGCGAGAGAGGCAACCGGCAACGCCGGUACGAUGAUAAGCAAGGAUGAGCGAGAAAGGAGCACAGAGUAGUAGCGUAGAAGAGGGAUCUGCGAUCGAGGACUGGCGAGCCAAGCUGCGGCAGAACUUGAAGUCAGUCGUGUAGAAUUCUUCGUCGAGCGAACAAGUAGCUCCUGACUACUUUCCUCACACAAAGUACAAGGGCAAAGCAAGGGAACUUGAGAUCUUGGAACAUCUUGAGUGAAAUCCUUGAGUUUUGCCACCAGUAUCAAGAAUCGGAGGUGAUAACGCGCCGUGACAGAGGAUGUGUCGAAGCCUUUGAUGAGCCAGCCAGAAGAUACUGCUACGCCAGCAGAUUCGGUGUGUGUGUGACAGUGCAAGAACAACUCGUGUGCGUGGGCAAGAAAAUGAUGUUCAGUUAGCAAGACAACAGAUCCUAGAACAACCUUUAAGAUCACCGAGUGAGUGUGACACGAAGCGUGUGAUCAGUUUUUGUGUACUUCGAAGAAGUGAAGAAUCGUGCAAGCCAAUUUACUGUGGAUAUAAUCGUGUGAACGCCAGCAAAACCAGCAAGAUGAUGUCGGAAAACAUCGAUUUCGAUCUCUUCGAGUGCACAAGUCGCAUUUCGACCACCUUCACGCUCAACUCGGCCGGACGAUCGCCGGCCAGUCGCCUGGCGGAACAGCGCCAACGGAGUGCCCAGCGCCGGCUACACAUUGCCCCGCUCAAGAUGUUGGCCUCGCCCGGCAAGGAGAACCUGCACACCGAGGAGGACCUGUCCUUCUACCAGGUCAACAGCCCCCAGGCCAGCCCGCGACCAUGCAGUCCGUGCGAGUGUCCGGAGGAGGAGUCCAGCGAGCUGCUGCCGUCCGAGGUGACCCCGAACAAGCAGAUCACCGUGGUGACCGGAAGCGGAAGCGCCACCCGGACACGACGCCCCCUGGAGGACUACGACCCCAACUCGAUGGACUCCGGCUACGGGAUGUCCAGCAGCGAAGGAGGUCACCACAAGAGCCAGUCCAUGUUCCGGUUUAUCCAGCCAUCGAUUCCCCGCCAGAACUCGGUCUCCUCCUCGACCGCUUCUCCGUCCGCCUCGUCCUCCACGCCGUCGAUCCGCAUCUUCCACAGCCUAUCUUCGGGCUCGAUGGAAUCGAUGGACGACAUCGACAUGGAGCUGUUCGACAUGGACACCCUGGAGGACGAAGAGGGCCAGCAGCUGCCAAGCAACCUGAGCUCGCUGAUCUGCGGAGACAUCAAGGCCACCAAGACCACCCCCGAGAACAAGCGACCUCCCUUCAUCCGGCGUUGCCUCAGCUUAUCGGAAAAUCCCGUGGUACGUCGCGCCAAGAACAACCUGAUCUUCGAGUCUCCCGUUGCUACGGCCACCGCCGCAAGCCCUGCCCGGACACCGGAACGGUUCCGCAUCGCGCCAGACCAGGAGAACCUCAACCUGACCCCGUUCUCGUCCCGCACCCAAGACACGACCCGCUGCUUCAAGCGCCCCGAACCACCCGGCGUCAGCCCCAUCCAGAGCAAACGCCACAAGACUGAAUCCCUCACCCCGGUCAGCGCGUUCCGCAGCGUCGAAAAUGUCAACCUGGACAGCCCCGCCCGCCUCACCGUCCCCAAGCGUCCCAUCCUGCAAAAGUCCAUCUCGAUGAACGAUGCCCACAUCAUGAACGCCCUGUCCCGAUCCUCCACCGAACCCGACCUCAUCGGAGACUUUAGCAAGUCGUACACCCUGCCGCUGAUGGACGGCCGCCACCGGGACCUCAAGUCCAUCUCCCCCGACACCAUGGCCGACCUGCUGCGCUCCUCCUUCGACGAACGGGUCGCCUCGUUCAAGAUCAUCGACUGCCGGUACCCGUACGAGUUCGAAGGUGGCCACAUCCGCGGCGCCCUCAACCUCUACACCCAGGAGCAAAUCCUGGAGGAACUGAUCCGAUCCAAGACUGAACCACCCACCGUCGAGACCAACGACCUCACCAAGCGCAACAUCAUCGUGUUCCACUGCGAGUUCUCCUCCGAGCGGGGCCCCAAGCUCUCCCGCUUCCUGCGCAACCACGACCGAAUCCUCAACUCGGACAGCUACCCGGCCCUCCAUUAUCCGGAGAUCUACCUGCUGCACGGUGGCUACAAGGACUUCUUUGCCGCCCACCCGGACCUGUGCGACCCGAUCGCGUACCGCCCGAUGCUCGACCCCAACUUUGGCGACGCGUACCGUCACUUCCGCGCCAAGAGCAAGAGCUGGAACGGUGCCGACCCCGUCAAGGGAUCCGCCGUGUCGCUGGGCAGUGCAAACUCGUCCUCGUCGACGUCCGCCGGUGCCAGCGAAGGCCGAGGGCCACCGACGCGGCUAGUCAAGUCGAGGUCCAGGUUAGUGCUGUAGAGACGAGAGGAGGAGCAAGAGCAGGAGCAGUAGGCGCUGAGAGACAAAGACUGUGGCCAGUGUGAGGGGAGGGACUGGGGGAGGGUGAAGAGAAGUUGAAGUUUUUGCAGUUUUUUUCCAAUUUUAUUUUUGUUUAUCUUUAUUAUUAUUUUUUCGCAAAACCCGAACACUUUAUAUUUUAUUGUACAAACGUUAGAGCCUCAACCUUUUGUUUUGUUCCGGGGUUAACUUUUGUUUCCAUUUUCUUUUUUAUAAGUUUAGUUUUUUUUUUCGCACAACCCAACUUCUUUUUCGGCAAUACACUUCUGAGUACUGAGAAGGGGAGAGAGAGACGCAAAAUCCGACUCGUUCGAAUAGUAGUAGAAGAUAAUUUUUACUUUAUGUUUUGUUAUCCACAUAUUUCAUCUGUGAUUUAGUUUUUUCUACCUUCGGUUCGAUUUAUAUCGCGAUAUUUUAUUUUCUACUUAUUCGACCACAGCAGGCCAGGAGAAACGGGACUUUAGGGUUAAAAUUUUAGGCAAAAAAAAUCUCAGAGAAAAACAAGAAAACAUCAGUUCACGACUGAAAGGAGAAGUUGCAGAACUUUUCCUUGUAAAACAAAACAAAAAACGACUAAAAGUAAGGAGCAAAAUUAUUUGUAGAAUAAACUAAUUGAAAAAAAAGGCAGAUCCCGUUUCACUUGGCACCAACUUUGUAAAAUAUGCAAAUAUUCAAGAGACAACGCACCCCCAAUGAACCAACCAUAGUUUGUAAGAAAAGGACGACUAUUUCUACUUCAAAAUUUUCUUCGUGUUGAAUAAUUUCCAAACCCAAAAUUUAUAAAAAAUAAAAUACGACACAAAUUUAUACAUUUUAACUAGUUCACUUUCAUUCAAAAGAGUUUAGCAAAAAUAAAA